AUGCAGUCAUUCAUCAGAGCCUUUCUCUUCCUUGGCCUCCUCGCCGCCCUGGUCGCCGCCGCGCCGUCUCCCAAGAUCCAGAAGCGUGGAGUGUUCAAGGUCGAGCGUGUAGCAAACCCCAACUUUAAGGGGCACAAUGGACCAAAACAGUUGCUCAAGUCGCUGAGGAAAUACCGCAUGAACAUCCCGCCAGCACUGAUGGACUCGAUCCGCAACCAAGGCUCGGCAACCACCGCUAUCGAGGACAAGCUCACCAACAGCGCCGCCGUCAGCGCUGGCCCGGCCCCAGCCAAGCUUGCGCCCAUGGUCAACGGUAAUGCCGCCAACGCUACCUCCAACGCUGCGAACGGAACUGCUGGUGUGGGUCUUGUGACAGCCACCCCCGAACAGGGCGAUGUCGAGUACCUGUCACCGGUCAACAUAGGUGGACAGACGCUGAACCUUGACUUCGACUCGGGCUCGUCCGACCUGUGGCUCUUCAACACCCAGCUCCCCGCCGCUUCCACCACCGGUCACACCCUGUACGACCCAACAAAGUCCACGAGUUUGAAGAUGGUCCAGGGUGCUUCCUUCUCCAUCAGCUAUGGUGACGGCUCUGGAGCGGCAGGCAACGUUGGAACUGACACCGUCAACAUCGGUGGUGCCACCGUGACCGACCAGGCCAUUGAGAUGGCAACCGCUGUCUCCCAGUCCUUCACCGAGGAUGCCAACAACAACGGUCUUGUCGGCCUGGCCUUCAGCAAGCUCAACACUGUCAAGCCCCAGCAGCAGAAGACCUUCUUCGACAAUGUCAUGCCCACGCUCGCGGAGCCGGUCUUCACCGCUGACCUUCGCAAGGCUGCCGUGGGUGCCUACGAGUUCGGCCGCGUCGAUGCUACCAAGUUCAACGGUACCAUGACCUGGGUCCCAGUCAACACCACCCAGGGCUUCUGGCAGUUCCCGUCCCAGAUGUUCGCAGUCGGUACUGGUGCGCCAACAAUGGGUCAGCCCGGCUUCCAGGCUAUCGCCGACACCGGUACCACCCUGAUCAUCACCAACCCCACUGUUGUCCAGGGUUACUACUCCCAAGUUCAGGGUGCUGUCAACGAUGCUCAAGUCGGAGGUGUGACCGUGCCAUGCGACGCCCAGCUGCCGGAUCUGAUGAUGUCAGUCGGUGACAACUUCAUGGCUCGUGUCAAGGGAUCUGACAUCAACUUCGCCAAGGUCCAAGGUAACACUUGCUUCGGUGGUGUCCAGGCCUCCCAAGGCAACCUCGGCAUCUACGGUGACAUUUUCUUCAAGUCCCAGUUCGUCGCCUUCAACGGCGGGAACAACUCCCUCGGCCUGGCUGAGCACCAGUAA